AUGUCGGCGGCACCAGGGCACGCGCACACGCGGGUGACGACGGGCGAGGAGGGCGAGGAGCUAGACCCCAUGGUGGAGCAGUUACAGGACUGCAGCCGCCUCUACGUCCGCCUCGAGAACUGCCUAGUGGAGCACGACAGGGACUGGAGGAAAUGCCAGGAAGACAUGGCGUUUCAGCGCGCAACACCAGAGGAGCAGGCGGCGGCGGUGCCGGUGCUGCUGCGGGGAAUAGCCUCGCGCGCAGCAGCGCACCAGGACAUGCUGCUGCGGUGCGCGCUGCAGGGGCUGCUGCGCUAUGGGUCGCCGAGAGGCGUGGGGUCGGGGCCUGAGGAACAGCAGCUCGCUGCUACCUUCUCCUGGCUCGUCUCCUCGCCUGCUGCUGCUGCUGCUGCUGCUGGUGCAGCUGAAUCGUCUAAGGUGGCAGCGGCAGGUGGUGCGGCAGAGGCAGGAGAGGCGGCGGGGGGCAAGACAGACGCAGCUGAGGCAGUGAUGCUGCUGCCGGCCUCUCUCUCCGCUGCGGCUGCUGCUGCGGCCACUGCAGGAGGGGCACAGAGUCAGGCGGGAGCAGCAGCAGGGCUGGUGGCAGGGGGGAGAGGAGCAGCAGUGGGGGCAGGAGGUGCGGGGGCAGAGGCGAAUGUGGCAGGGCAGCAGGGCGGACCAGCGCAGCCUCCUCUCUCCGACCACCCCGGUUUGUCCCUCGCCCAGUUGCACCGAGUGCUUGGCCCCGCGCCUUCCUCCUCUGCUGCCUCCCCUGCACCCCCGGCUUCCCUUGCUGCGCUCAACCUCAUUCCGCCUGACGCUGUGGCUCAGAGGAAGGUGGCGGUGCUGAACUUCCUGGCGGGCAUCAAGGCGCCCGCCCAUGCGUGCUACCUGCUCUGGCUCGUUGCCGCCACUGACAGCAACGAGCGGGUGAACCGGCGGGGGGAGGAGCUGAUGAAGCGGCAUGGGGGUGCAGUGGACCUGGAGGACGACAGGCUCGUGGCUGCCAUGAUGCGCUUCUACCAAGGCACACUGCACGUCAUAUUCGAUGCCAUCUAUGGAGUGGGUGCAUCAACGCGCAGCAAGCAACUGGGCAUGGAGUUUGCCGUCUGGGUCUUCAAGCAUGCGAAGGAGGAGCGGCUGCGGCCCUUGUCGCCAGUCAUCCUCUCCUCGUUGCUCAAGCUGCUCUCGCAGUACGACGCUACUGAGUCUUUGGACCCGCCAUCGCAGCAGCUGCAGGCGUUCACGUAUCGAGCCAUCGCCCAGCUGGCAGAGCGCUGCCCCUUCCUUGUCAGGGGGGAUGCGAGCAUGUGUGAGCGCAUGUUGGUGGCGCUGGAGGCAUGUGAGUCGCCAUCGCUGCGAGUGGUCAUGCAGGACGCACUGCUCUCCCUCGCAUCCGCUUACAAGGGCUGUUCACCCAAGGUGCUGGCGUCUGUUGAGGGCCUGCUGCUCAAGCACUGCUCCUCUCCAGUGGAGGCGGUGCGGUACUGCACAUUGCAGUGGACCAUGCGCCUGCUCUCGCUCUCCUCUGCUCCUGCCUGCUUCCUCGCCGUGCUAGCUACGGCUGACAACAAAACCGAGAUCAAGGAGGCGGCCCAACGCUUCCUCUUCGCAGAAGCAGACACACGCACCAAAAAGCCCACCGCCACCUCUUCCCCCUCUCCCCUCUCCACGCCCUCCCCAGCUUACGCCUCCUCUUCCUCCUCCUCCUCCGCCUCUGCCUCCCCACCGCCCCCUCUCUCAUCCCUGCUCGCGUUCAUAUGCAAGCAGAAGCCCAAAGCAGCAGCACCCGUGCCCUUGGAGGGCGAACAGUCCCUGCUGCUGCCCCCUGCUGCGUUCCUCUCCGCCAUUCGCUUCCUGCUGCUGUGCUGGCGCGAGGAGCGCCGGGGAAAGGGGGGAGCGGGGCAGGGGGAGAAGGAGGGAGGGGCGGGGGAAGAGGAAGGAGGAAAGGGUGAGGUUGGUGGGAGUAGUGGUGAGGAGAAAGGGAAGGAGAAAGUAGAGGAGAAAGCAGAAGAGAGUGCAGAGGCGAAAGCAGAGGGGGGCGCGGAGGCGGGAUCGGUGGAGGAGCGGCUGUGUGUGUUUGUGGAGCAUGGGUUUGCACGUGAUGCCACGUGGGAGGUUCACGCGGAGGCGGGCAGGGCGCUGCUGGAAAUAGUUGCUGCCCAUCCCCAGCUCGCCACGCGCUUCUCUGCGCGUCUGCCAUGGCUGCAGCGCUUCCUGUCGCACAACGACCCGUCAGUGCGAGCAGCGUUUGCCAAGCUCAUGGGUGUUGUGGCGAAGGGGCUGCCUGCACCUCACGCCCACGCGCUGCUGCUCAAGCUGCAGGGCGGCCUGGCAAAUGAGGGCGGGAAGGCGGGAAUCAAGGAGGAGGAGUUGCAGGGGCUGAUAGCAGCGCUGGGUUAUGUCACAGCCACAGCUGCUGACGCGGCUGGGCGAGCAGCAUCCGUGGAUCUGCUCCUCUCCCGCCUGCUCUCCCCCUCCUCUGCGCCCUCCACCCUCGCCCUCACCGCGCAAGCCCUGGGCCUCAUAGGCCUCACAGGCCCCCUCCCGCCCCCCUCCUCCUCCACCUCCUCCUCCUCCUCCCAUAAGGAUGAAGCAGCAACUGAGGGUACUGCGAGUGGGGCGGUGGGAGAGGAGGGCGGUGGGGGGGAUGGGGGGAAGAGUGGCGGGGGUGGGGAGGCGGCAGCAAGUGGGGAGGAGGAGGGGCGGAAGAAGAGGAAGAGGGGGGAUGUUGUGGAGCAGCUGGCGUCGUUACUGUCACACAGGGACGACAAGGUGGUGCAGAGUGCAGCAGCGGCGCUGGGCAUGAUGAGCUAUGGCGACCCUCAGGGCGUCGCCGAUUCUGCUCUCACUGCCCUGCUCACGCUCUCACGAUGCAAGAACGAGGCGACGUUGCUAGCAGCAGGCGAGGCGCUGGCGUUCGUGUGGGGGCCGGUGGACUGCCCUCCCUUCCGCCCCUCGCUGCUGCUCUCCGGCCCGCACUCCUCCCUCGCCCCCAUCUUCAAUGACGCCGACGACGCUGCUGCUGCCGCGCUACAGAACAAAGCGCGCCGCCCACAGAAGGAAGCAGACGUGCAGAUGCGUGAUGCGAGUGGAGGGGAAGGGGAGGGGACGGCGGGUGGGCAGGGUGGAAGAGGAACAGCAGCAGGAGAAGCGGCGGGAAGAGAGAAGGAAGAGCAGGCUGUGGCAGAAGAUGUGGUGAUGGGGGAAGGGGGGCAGGAGACCUCAGCAGGCGAGGGGAGGAAGGAAGGAGAGGGAAGCGAGAGGGUGUGGGGAGGCGAAGCAAUGGAGGCGCGGUGGGAGAGCAUGAGGAAGGUGCUGGUGGAGGAGCUGCUGGUGAGCAGCCGCAGUGAGGAGCGGUGUGCGGGGGCCGUGUGGAUCAUGUCCCUGCUCUCCUUCUGCGGCCACCACGCGUCCAUUCAACGCCUGCUGCCGCAGCUCCAGGAUGCGUUCAGCGCACUGCUGGGCGACUCCAACGAGCUGACACAGGAGAUGGCGUCCCGUGCCAUGUCUCGCAUGUACACGCUGGGCGACGCCAGCACCAAGCAGCUGCUCGUCUCGGCCCUUGUUGCUAACCUCACUGGUGCUGGCGGGCACAAGCGCAGUGGCAAGCUACUGGGCGACACAGAGGUAUUCACAGAGGACUCAGUGGCGCGCAACACCUCCUCCUCCUCGUCCAUGCGAGCGGGGGCGGCGGGCAGCAGCAGCAGCGCGGCGAGCUCAGCGGGGCGGGCGCAGAGCAGCGUGGGCGUGAGCACGUACCGCGAGCUGUGCAGUGUGGCCACGGACAUGGGGCAGCCCGACCUCAUCUACCGCCUCAUGGAUAUUGCCAACCACCACGCGGCCCUCAACUCCAACCGUGGCGCGGCCUUCAGCUUCGCAGCAGUGGCAGCAGAAGCCGGCGCAGCCCUGGAGCCGCACCUGCCAGCGCUGCUGCCGCGCCUGCUGCGCAUGAUGUACGACCCCAACCGCCCCCUCGCAGAGGCCGCCGGGCACAUCUGGCGCGCGCUCGUGCGCGAGCCCAAGCCCACCAUCGACAAGCACUUCGACGGGAUUGUGAAUGACCUGCUGGGGAAUGUUACGGGGAGGUUGUGGCGGAACAGGGAGGCUGCGUGCCUGGCGCUUGCUGACCUGCUGCCUUCAAGGCGGUUUGCAGAGGUUUCCAGCCACCUGGAGCAGGUGUGGGUGGUGUCGUUCCGCGCAUGCGACGACAUCAAGGACAGUGUGCGCGUGGCGGGGGAGAAGCUGUGCCGCGCUGCCACAUCGCUCACCGUGCGCCUGUGCGACCCCACGCUAACUCCACGCGCCGACGCGCAUGCUGCGUGCAGCAUCGUGCUGCCUGUGCUGCUGGCGCAGGGCAUGACGUCAUCCGUGGGGUCCGUGCGUCACCUCGCUCUCUCCACCACUGCUAAGCUCGUUAAGGGAGCGGGAGCAUCAGUGCGGCCACAUCUGGCAGCGCUGGUGCCAGCCAUGCUGGAAGCACUGUCAGGCCUGGAGGACCAGAACCUCAACUACGCUGAGCAACACGCGGAGAGGGUGGGCAUCAGCAGUGAGAAGCUGGAAGCUGCACGGCUGGGCAUGUCACGAGACACGCCCAUGUGGCACACACUCGAUGCGUGCCUGCAACAGGUGGACGAGUCCUGUCUGCCUGACCUCCUACCUACACUCAAGUCCCUCACGCGUUCCUCUGUGGGCCUCAACACCAGAGUGGGUGUGGCGCGCUUCAUCUCGCUCCUCAUCCCCCGUGCCGGCCCCACUGCCAUGCGCCCGCACGCCCCCGCCUUCCUCAAAACCCUCACCCUCGCUCUCUUUUCCGAGCGCACCUCGGCGGGCCGAAGAGCCUUCUCAGCAGCAGCUGCAGACAUGGCCAAAUGCGCGGGGGCCGCUGCAGUGGAAAGGACAGUGGGGGAGACGUGUGGGAAGUAUUUGGGGGAGGAGGCGGCAGGGCAGAAGGACGUGCGGCUGUGCUGUGCGCUGCUGAUGCGGGAUGUAGGGAAGGCGUGUCCGGAUGACAUGCCGCCGUGCCACCAUGUGCUGCUGCCCACGCUGCUCCUUGGACGGCAUGACGAGGACGAGGCAGUGAAGGCGGUGUGGGAGGAGGCGUGGGACAACGUGGGAGUGGCGGCAUCGGCAGCUGUGAGGGAGCAUGCGGGGGACAUUGCUCCCACGCUCACCGCUGCCGCUUCUUCCUCUUCUUGGACCCGCCGCUGCCAGGCAGCAGCAGCCAUGCAGGCAGUGGUGAAGGCCAUGGGUGCCGACACACCACACACCGUCCUGCUGCAGUUCCUCUCCGCCCUGCUGCCACACCUGCCAGGCCGCUUGUGGGAGGGCAAGGAGCAGCUGCUGCCAGCCAUUGCAGCCAUCUGCACUGCAUGCCCCUCCGCUCUGCUCUUGCUCUCACUACAACCAUCAGCAGCCACACAGGGAGCACCAGCACCAGCAGCAGAGGCAGGGAAGUCAGCAGCAGCAGAUGUGGUGGCUGCAGUGCUGGCAGCGUGUGGGCGCAACAAAGCAGCAUUCAGGCUGGCAGCACUGCAGAGCCUGCACAAGAUAUUGCAGGCCUUCUCGCCUUCACCUCCUCUGAAGCAACAGCUGUUAAAACCGACCACAUCACAAGCAGCAGCAGCAACAGCAGCUGCAGCUCCAGCAUUGGACCUGCUGCCUUUGGUGGCACCGGGUUUGAUUGCGCUCUUUCCACCCUCAUCUCCCGCCACUGCAUCUGCUGAUGCUUCAAAGGCUGCAUCCAGUGCAGAGCCAGCAUCAGAAGCGCGGGCAACAACAGCAGAGCAGCAAGAGGCGUUGCUAGCAUGCGUCUCUGCAGCUCUCCUGUCCGCAACACCCACCUCCCUGCCACCAUACACAGCAGCCCUGCAAUCAGCCCUCUGCGCCCUGCUCUCCUCCAAUCCUGUGUGGACAGUAAAGCUGGCAGCACUCAAUACAAGUGCCACGUUCCUAACUGCUCUUCUUAAGUUACCUUCUGAUUCCGCUGUGCACCAGACAGUGGCCCCCUUCCUCCCCAACUUCAUCGAUGCUCUAUCCGACACCAAGCGCUCCCAGACCCGUCAAGCAGCUGUGGAGGCAGUGCAGGCAGCCACCGUGUGCCUGCAGAACCACAGCGCCCUUGAGCCUGCGGACCGGGAUUCCCUCACUGCUGCUCUGCGUGAUGCUGUGAAGGUGGAGAAGAGCGAGGCUGUCAAGAUGGCUGCUGAGAAAUGCCUGGAGUUGUUGGGGGGCAUGGUGGAAUGA